AUGCGCCUGUUAGCCCUCUUCCCUCUGGUGUUGACACUCGGUGUUUCCUUCACAAGAGCAGACGAGGUUUCCGAUGAGGAACGGUGUGUCGAGGCCAUUUUUGAGGCGUACACCCACCUCUCCUUCACGGGGUCUCAUUCCCAGCCGUUCCUCGUCGACUCGUGCCUGAACCCAUUGCGAACAUGGUCGAUUUACGCAUCUGUGAAAGUGUUCUGCGCUCCCAGUGAGAUCCACCCGGGUCUAAGACACAUCAAUAAACCAUGCCAGGGAGAGCUGUCUCGGACGCCUUACGCGGACAUUGCUCCCGCACUGACCGAGGACUAUAUCCGAAGUCUGAGGGUGGUCGACUACGCUGAGGUUCCGAAAGCCGUAGAGCUGGAUACACCGGUUCUGAUAUCGAGGGCUUACUAUGAAGCUUCGUUUAGAACGAACAACGAACCUCAUCAUUCCUGCGGCGAUUGGGUCCUAUCAUCAGAGGCUCUAUUAUUACUGUUCAAUCCCGACGCGAAUGGAGGCAAUACCGAUAAUAUCGUUCUACCUGCUCAGCUUUGCAUUCAUGGCUUUGAGUUACGAUACCUUCGAAGGAAAUCUUUAGACUGGCAUGCUGGCAUACGCAAAUCUUUGUCUGCUGUGGCUGUUCGGCGGGCGCAACAAUCCCUUCCUCUGGGCUACAGGGUGGAAGUUUUCAACUUUCAAUCUGUUCCACAGAGCAAUCGCAAGAGUUGCGACUAUCCAGGCUAUCGUUCACUCUAUAGGGUAUACGGUUCUGGUUAUGAGAAGACCACGCUCAUCUGGUCUCAGGCAACUGUGUGUAUGAGCCUCCUCUUACUUUUCUCUUCCAUAUAUCUGCGCAGAAAUUUCUACGAGUUGUUUCUGCUCAUCCAUAUAACAUUUUCAGUGGUUGUCAUCGUCGGACUAUUUAUUCAUACAGCUAUCUUCAGCGGUAGAUAUGACAUCUAUCUCUGGCCGGUUGUCGUGGUCUGGUCACUUGAUCGACUUGCCAGGAUUGUGCGCCUUGUCUACUGCAACAUCCACAUCUACAUAAACCGCAAAAGACUCUGCCUCACAAGAGGCCGGCUCUCAUAUAAUAGGUUAUCCGACAUAUUGUGGCUGGAAGUCACAAUUCCGGGAGACAAACUGGAGCCGAAACCGGGCCAGCAUUAUUACGUUUACCAGCCGCUGAGAUGGAAGGGUUAUGAGAAUCAUCCCUUCACCUUGGGGAGUUGGACUGUUGCUGGCAGCGACAGUGAUUCAAAUGAUGCUCUACCAUUGCCAUCCGGAACAAGGCCGACUACCGACCGCAAACUGAUCUUCUGGAUUAGACCAUUUGACGGAUGGACGAGACGGCUGCGGAAUGAGUGUCUUCGCGCUCCGGGACUCACUGUCGAUUCAACGUUCCUUCUUGAGGGUCCUUACGGCCAAGUCUCUCCUCUCUACAAUUAUGAGACAGUCAUUCUUAUCGCCGGAGGUAGCGGCAUCGCAGGGGUCCUGCCUUAUAUUGAAGAUCACUUUCGCCGCUGUAGAAACUCCUGCGGUGAUUUUAGUGACGACUCUGGAGCAACAACCUCAUCUCCCGCAACCAAGCCUGGGUCCCGAAAUACAAGGACUCGAGACGUGACACUGAUAUGGACUGCCCGUCAACGAGAGUUUAUCGAAGAAAUCGGACGCUAUGGGUUCCAGUCCACCACUCAACGACAAGAUUUCCACGUAAGACUCUAUGCUACGUCAAGAGGCAACAAAAGGCUACCUCUACAGGGAAGCGUAACCAAGAACGGACCGCCCUCGUCGCCAACGGAACAUACCAGUCUCGUACGAAAUGUCGAUUACUCGGAUGAUGAUCCUUGUCUUGAUAUUGCUUUCGGAAGACCAGAUAUUAAAGGUCUGAUCUCAGAUCAUGUCAGGGCAACUGGACUGCCUGGUCCUAAUAAUGGCGUAAGGACUGCAGUCCUCGUAUGUGGACCGGGGGCAAUGGCAGACGAUGCUCGGCUGGCUGUGCAUCGAAUGUUGAAGGAGGGAUAUAGAGUGGAAUAUUUCGAGGAGGCGUUUGGUUGGUAA